GACACGGGGCAAAAAAAAAAUCCAGCAUGCAGCUCGUCCUUCCAAAACAACUACAAUUUCGCAAAUGAAAUAGACAACUAGUUUUUUCUAUUAUGGAGAGAGUAUAUAUAGACGAAAGGCACGACAAACAAACAAGGUUUGCCUCCAAAUAAAGGCACAUCUCUUGCCUCCUCUUUCGCGCUGUCCGGAGAGGAGGGGCAGGAGGAGGCCGCACCAAAUCUAUCUGGGGAUCGGAGCGCGGGCGACAAGAUGCCACGCGGCGGCAAGCCCGCGGCUUCGUCGAAGCCGAACCCGUUCGACUCGGACUCGGACUCGGAGUCCAGCAAUAAGCCGGCGAACAAGUCCGGGGCGUCGUCGUACCAGGCCCCCGCCGACGCCAAGAAGCGGUACAAGGACGGGUUCCGGGACUCGGGCGGGCUGGAGAACCAGUCGGUGCAGGAGCUGGAGCACUACGCGGCGUACAAGGCCGAGGAGACGACGGACGCGCUCGCCGGCUGCCUGCGCAUCGCCGAGGACAUCAGGCAGGACGCCAGCGACACGCUGAUCACGCUGCACAAGCAGGGGGAGCAGAUCAGCCGGACGCACGAGAAGGCCGUCGAGAUCGACCAGGACCUCGCCAAGAGCGAGACCCUCCUCGGGAGCCUCGGAGGCUUCUUCUCCAAGACGUGGAAGCCCAAGAAGACGAGGCAGAUCAAGGGACCAGCGCAGGUGUCACGAGAUGACUCCUUCAAGAAGAAGGCCAGCCGCAUGGAGCAGAGGGACAAGCUGGGCCUGAGCCCGCGAGGGAAGCGCGACCCUCGCCACUACGCUGAGGCCACCGACGCCAUGGACAAAGUCCAGAUCGAGAAGAAGAAGCAGGACGACGCCCUCGACGACCUCAGCGGCGUGCUGGGCCAGCUCAAGGGCAUGGCCGUCGACAUGGGCUCCGAGCUUGACAGGCAAAACGAAGCGCUGGAUCAUCUGCAAGGCGACGUGGAGGAGCUCAACUCCAGGGUGAAGGGAGCAAACCAGCGUGCGCGCAAGCUCGUCGCCAAAUAGGCCGCCUAGCUCGAACGUGGGAGCUUGCGCAUUCCUGGGUCUGGUUUGCGCCACGAUUCACCCUCGCCGGCUGAUUGCUUGCUGUAACAUGCAUGUAUUCGCUCUCCAUUGCAUUGCAUUGGGAGCGUUUUUUCUGUUCAACAGAGAAUGUUCUUUCUCCUUGCAUUGUUCACCAAAGUUAUACUAUAUUGGGUAUAAUGUCUAAGGGAA